AUGUCCGACAGGGACAACUGGGGCGACCUGUGGGAGGAGCCGCAUGAACACGCCCAGCCCGGCGAUGAAGGCUGUGGUUUUGGCCCCUCGGACGAUGAAGACGACCCCGGCCAUCUGCUCGAUGCCUCUGCCAAGGAGUAUGUCACUGUUCACGACUACGUGUCUGCCGUUCACCCGUGGUCAAUGUCGCACUUUGACGUCAUCUCCUCUGCUGCCAAUGUGUGGGAAGAGGCACCAGCAGGCUAG